AUUAAUCAUUGUACAUGAAAUGUCGACUAUUAAUAUUUAUUCAUGCAGCCUGUCUUGUAUUUACUUUGUUAUCAAGGAAAACAGCGAGGUUAGGUAGAGAGACGCUCAAUAACUUUUUCCCUCUAAAAGUAGGAGCUUUUGAAGGGGUGAGCCUAACAGAGUAUUGAAUGCACUUAACAUGUUAAGUUUUUCAUUGUUUUUAUUUACUGUAUUUUUAUUUAGAAGGGCCAAGUCUACCGAACAUCGCAAUAGAUGUGCAAGCAACUUCAAUGACCGUCAAAUGGACAGUCCCAGCUGAUAACGGAGGAAGUCCUAUAACUGCCUACCGAGUAGUACUCUUACAGCGAGACACAGUCAUAGGCGAAAAAAAUGUGACUGACCCUGUUACCAAAACUUGUGUUUUUGCUGGCUUGAGAAAAAGUUCAAUAUACACUUUGAGGGUCUCUGCCAGGAACUUUGUGUUUGAGGGACCCUUUAGCCAAGCGACAGUUCAAACAAAGCCUGAAGGUAAGAGGGUUGUCAACCAGAUUCAGCCGGUCAAUAGAUCGUUUUCUCUCACGUGACCAGCCGCUAUUCAAAUUUCUUGGAUCAAAGAAUUUUUUAACUACAAAAGCCUCAAAUCCCCACAAGCAUUUUUCUCCAUACCAUUAUGGGCGCUGUACAUUGCAGUUUUGUACACUAUUAUGGUCGCCGUGACGUCAGGUGAAAACGAUCUAUAUAUGGCAUGGUUCAUUAAAUCGUAUUCCAAAUUUAAAAGGUAAUUAACUAUACAGACUAAAUAGGAUGUACAUGUAUGUUGCGAAUGACUUCAGACUUCAGACACAAGAAAUAUCAGGAAUAAUUAUAUAUAUAUAGCAAAUAAAAAUAUUGCUCUUAUCAAUCUUCUUAGCAUUUCACUGUAAUGUGACUAAGGGCAAUCUCAUGAUUUUUUACACGCUAAAAUGUUUUUCUUUUUCCUUCUGUACACUGCUUUGAUGUGUACGUUUUUAUCUACAGUUAGUAUGGUUCGAAAAUCUGCUUGUUCGUGUCCAUCUUUUACAUUGGAUAUAAUUUCGGUUUUUGUUGAAAACUAUACUCUACCGUCUACACGACAUACAGACUUAGGACACUUAGCAAUAUAAUUUUGCUUUGUGUUAAGGUAUUCCUGAGGCGGCUUUAAUAAAGGACUUACCACCUGAGACAAAAGACGUAACAGUGAAAUUAAUGUGGGAUGAGCCUCAGAACAAUGGUGCGGCUAUCACAAAGUACACUGUGUACCAAAGAAUUGUAAAUAAUAGUAAUGCAACUCGAGAGUGGACUAAAAUACGCAUUAUCACUGACGUCUCAGUUCGUGAGGUUGCUGUCAAGUUGGAGAAAGAUCGUGAAUACGAAUUUUUAGUGACUGCCUCAAACAGAUUUGGCGAAAGUGUAAAAGAAGAGAAAUACACCAGAAAAAUUGCAGCUGUGGGAGGUAUGUGUAAGUUUGGCUAAAUUCUUCAGUUAAAUGCCAUACAAAUUGUAAGACCUGAUAACAAUGUGUCUCUGUUAAAUCCUGGAAAUUAGGAAGCUAAUUCCUUUCCUAUUAUUCAUAGCUUUUUGUUACAACUCAGUGACCGCAAAAAUCUCCAAUGCUUUUAAUCAAGAAAGGGGCGUUAAAGUGACAGUUUCACCAAAUGGGUUUGUAUUGAUGGAACCCCCGUAAGAAUUACCAUUGUCUUGCAGAAAUUUACUAAUAAUACAACUACAGGAAAACUGUCAAAAAAGUGCUGUUUCUCAAAUGCAGUCGAACUCUUAAAAAAAUCAGUUUUUAUGGAUCUAGAUCAAGUUCAGGAGGGGAAAGAAAAAAAUUUGUUGUUUUGUGUUUACAUCUUCAUUAGAACGUCGAAUUAGGAAGAUUUUCUUUACCUAAUAGUAAUGCAGACGAAAAGUUGCAGAAGUGUGAUUUGCAAUUUAUUUUAAUAUUUCCUUUUUUGCCGUUGUCGUCACUCAUUGGGCAGAUUGGCAAAUUCCGAUACUCAAUGAUCAAUGAUCAAUUUGCUUUUUUUGACACUUUAUUGGGGCAAAACUGCAAUCAUGAAAGAAUUAACAAGGAGACGUAUGAUUAAAGAAAUAAAAUAAUAAUAAUAAUAAUAAUAAUAAUAAUAAUAAUAAUAAAUUAAUUAAAAUUAAAAGAAUAAUUAAAAACAAUUGCGGAUCCCCCAAAGGGCAAGUGCAAACGGGACCCUUGACCCAUGCAAGGUACCGCCCUGUUGUUAAAAAGAAUGAAAUUCAAACCCUAGAUGUAUGUUAACAAAAAAAAAUGAAAAAAAAAAAAAAAAAAACCGCGCCCGCCGUCUUCACUUCUGCGACGUUUUCUCCGUUGAAAGUGCCUAGUAUCAAUGGCUUUCACCUCUUAUGUACACAGAUGUCCCUGCCUCCGUGGAAAUCACAGACGAAAUAAUUUUAUAUUGGGACGAGCCAGACAGCAACGGAGCAGCCAUCACACGGUAUUCGAUCUACCAAAGAGUAGGAAAUGAAUGGAAGUUGAUUGGGGUGAUAAAUGAUAUUUCUAAACGCGAAUAUGUCGUUGAAAUCGAGAAGGGCAAGGUGUACGAAUUUGUGGUAACGGCUACCAACAAGUAUGGAGAGAGUUCCUUGGAAGAAAACAUCAAGUGGAUUCAAGCGUUGUCAGGUACGGUUAAAUCAAAGCAGCCUAAACGCAUCCCGCUAUCUUGGUUUAUCUGACUCCGUCUGCGUGAGCCAAGUGUGACCAUACAUGGAGUGAAGCGGCAGCAAGGUGCGCCUUCAUAUGCUGAAAUAUCGCCUGUCUGAUUCCAGGGGCACCCAACGAGGAUAUAGUUCAAAGCCACUUAAACAUAGCAUUGUUGAACGUAUUUUAGUAUUUAAACGGUAGAUAUAGUCAUGUUUUUAUCCCCUCAAAAUUUUUCAUCUGUUCGGAUUACCUAGCUGAAAGUCUAGUGAUCCGAAAAUUAUAGGCAUCAAAGCUUACCUUUCCGAAAAUUUUAGCCAGAAAAAAGGUUCCAGAAAAUUCUAGGUGACCGUACUAGGAGGAGCAGGCAAGCAAGAAAUUUUACAACAAACGUUCCGAAAAUUCUAGAUCUCAAAUCGUCUUCCGAACAGAUAUUUUCCGAAAAUUGACGUUGGGUGCCCCUGUGAUUCCUCUGAACUUUUGAAAUGCUGAAAUUGGGAUAGUUCUUCUUAUUCUUCCUGUUUCUCAAUUGUGAUCAUCGGAAGUGUUGUUUGGGCACGUUCACUUUGCUAAGAAUAAAUAAUAUGGGCGUGAUUAAAAAAAACUCAUGAGCUUGGAAUAACCCGUGUACAGCCGCCCCCUUCCUCAGAAAAAAAAAUCGGGGAAAGGAUGUCUGUGAUUCCCCGUUGCUAAUCGUGUUAUGGUAUAAUUUUGCAUAAAUUAAAAAAAAAGUUUCCGCCAACCAAAAUUUCCGUGGCUCAUGUUUCAUGUCAUUCCAGUUCUAAAAAUUCCGGUGCAUGCGACUUAUUGCCAUUGAGCAAUUGAAAGAGUGAGACAUUUUUAAAAUCGCUUUACUCUAUACCGAUCAAAAAUGUUCUUACAAGCAGAUCCCUGAUCUUAUGCAAGCCUUCCCACUGGAUACGGAAAUUUAUUAGUUUGAAAUAAAGUGUUGACAGGUCAAACGCGACUCAUAAGCUCGUGAUUGUGCGAAACGUGACCUUAGAGUUUGCUCUUUUCUUUCUAGCGCGUAGAGUAUGCAUCACAGUGCAUGAAGCACCAUAAACUUUUACUGAACAAGUCUUAUUUUUGCCUUGAUUCUUACAUUUAGAUGUCAUGAAGCUAGUAUGUCUUAUGCAUAUUGAGUAUUAUUUCCUGUGGUUUUAACUUUCUGCAGGUGUUUGUGACGGGAUUUGAUCAGGUGUCGGAUGCCGUUUAGCCGCAGUUUUUCUUCGACCUCUUUGAAACCUUAAAGAACGGCUAAAGAACCUUUGAAUGAAGAUUUUAGUUCUUUUCUUUUCUCCGAAAUCCCUGCAUCUGAAUAGCUACAUGCAUUUAGUUGUUGGUGAAUGUUAUGAUUUUCUGAUUGCCUGUUACGUUUUGACGACAGGCCCUAAAGCCAAUCAAAAGCCCUCAUUUAAAUGAUGUAGUGAUCUACGAGUAACAGCCAAUCAAAUCAUGUUCCACACAUUCCGGGAAAAAUCACGUGGCCGUCGUACACGAUUAGCAACGGAGAAUCUCAGACGCCUCUUCCCCGCGUUGUUCUCUGAGAGGAGGGGGCGGCUUUACACAAGCUAAGCUUAUAAUAAUAAGAGUAAAGAGACAAAAAGGGAAGUGAAAAUGAUGUUAACUUACAGACACAUAUAAGGACAUUUUUGCUAGCAAAAAAUCCUUUUUAUCGCGAGAUCGUUAACAUUAUUUUUUUUUUCUUAGGGUCUAAUCCUGCAGCAAAUCAAACAGGUUAGAACAUACAAGACCUUUUUACGUAAUAAAAUUUUGCAUAACAAGAUAGCGAAAUGUUAAGUGAGAUUUCAGUACUCUUUUGCGCACUCGAUACUUUAUAGAUGAGUGUCCUUCCGUAGCACGACAAACAAUGUGUAGAAACUCAUAAUAAACUAGACUGCAAAACAUUCGGUUUUUUCCUCUCGGCCCCAGUCUCGCUCUCUGUAUUCAGCCUCGUUCCAAACCUUUUGUUUGACUGCUCGCGGGUACUUGAAUACGCAAAAAUACGGACUGUUUUGCAGUCUAAUAAUAAACUGGAAACAAUUUCUUCCCUUUUUCUGUUCCUAGCAAAUAUAGUGUUAUGAAUAACGGGGUAAAUACCCGUGGGAAAUUGUAAUCCCUGUAAUCUUUAGUAUGUAGGAAUACCGAUUUUUAAUUAGUAACGUUCAGUGUGUACAGCACUACGUUGUAUGUAUCCUUACGAAGUCAAGGAGUCGCAGUCAAUAAUAUUAACUGCUAUGUAGGUGGCUUGCAAGAGAGGUAAUGAGACUGCUCAAUUUUAGGUCUUUUACAACUAAAACUUGAGCACUAACUAGUUUUUCCUGUCAAUCUAGCUAUCAUAAUAUACUAAAUGCUAAACCGACUAACCACGACCUCAAUAGGCAAACUAUGGACAUGUUUGGGUUAGCUGGCAGGGGGGAACAAACAAAAGUCGGCAAACUAGGUAAGUGAAACGCUUAGGUAUUACUGCACCCACACGGCUACUGUUGACAAGAGGUCAGAAGUUAAUUCACAAUAAAACUCAUAACACAUGGGUAGUGAUACUCUUCAAGGGAAUUACCUAAACGCAGGAUUUGCUAUAGUUUGCAUUUAUUAUUAAUGUGCUUUGUCAUCAUGAAUAAACCUUUCCUUAAUUUUUUUAGGUUCUGUGAGAAAUAGCGAAGGACUUCUGCACGGUGUUUACGCCAGUUGUAUACUUCUUUUGUUGAUUUUUACCUUUACCUUGAUUUUUUUAAUCUGGAAAAUGCGACUUCGCUUGGGUGAGUUUGUUAAUAGGUAAACUAUACUCUUAAAAAGAAAAGCAGACUGACUAAACAGCAACAUUAUCAUAAAUUAUUAUUAUUAUUAUUAUUACAGAUGAACCUCCAUUAAGCGGCCACCUAUUAAGAGGCUACCCUCCAUUAAACGGCCAGUGAUCAAGUCUCGAAAUAGUUGUAGACAAGAAUGUGACCGUAAACCUCUAUUUAGCGGCCGCGGUCACCUUUCGCCCCGUCCCAACAAGUGUCCUCUCAUUAUUGUUACCUCUGUCAAGAGCGUGAUACACUUAGUUUGGCUUUAUUUGUAGAAUAUGAUGGAGAAAAAUACAGUUCGAGAUAGAGGGUGACGACUGAUUGUGAACCAGAAAUGCUGCUCUCUUCACGUGUUUGUUUCAAACUAAAGUGAUGUUUCUGCUCGGGAUUAUGCCCAUUUAUGAAGAACCUCUAUUGAGUGGUCAACCUCCGUUAAUAAGCGGCCACUUGCCGGUACCUCGAAGGCCACCGCUUAGUAGAGGUUCAACUGUAUUAUUAUGAUUUUUGUUUGAUCCUCUCCAGUUCUCUGUUUCUUAGGGGUAUUCUCAGCCAUGUCUCGGCAAUUUCCCGAAGCUUAGAGACACCACACUUUCCGCAAGAUAUGAGCAUUACCAAGGAUUGCUGACAGCUGUGCACGUCCAAAAAUGUCAGCAGACUUAACUUCCCAUACUAGGCUAUUCUCCUCUUCGAGAUGGUUCCAAGUGCACCAAUCACGAUGGGUGUCACUUUCGUGGCUCUGGGGAUUUUUAAUUUUCGAGCGCAAGGUCUUGAUACCUUUCCACCUUCACCUCCUCAAUAGUAAGGACAUUUUGGUCCACUGGUACAGCUUUGUCGAUAUGUGUUCACUCCUGUGUGUCUUUGUGUAAGACAGUAAUAUGUUGCCGAUUGUGCUUUGGCCACUUGACCGUAAAGAUAGUCAUAUCCCAAGUUAUCCUCAUUUCCCCAUUCUUUGCAAAUGAUUAGGUUCCUGGACUCUUGUACAAAGCUCAGUUUUCAGAUCACGUGACGAGUUUUCCCGCCACAAUGACGCAAUAAUUUGCUAACACACUCCCCGCCUUGAUUGACACAGGUCAAUCAACAACGAAGUGAAUAAAAUAGCAAAUGAAAGCUGAAGAGUUCGCUGUUCCUUGACUUAAUGUUAAUGUUCACUAACAUGCUCCUGUUCAGCAUUUCCCACGAAGGUAAUAGGGAAAUCCGUGUUUCUGUUCUGACGUUCUUCUCGCAAUUGUGAUUCGACCUCCACAGGGUAAAGCCUGUUUAGGGGUCUUGUCAUUUCCACGACUCGAUCUCAACUACGCACUCUUACAACAGCUCCUCUGUGGUAACCAUCUUGUCCUGUAAUGAGAGAUUUGACGACUCCCAUACUACAAAGUUGUCCGGCGCUUUGUUUUUGCAGACGCAAAUAACAUCCCCGACCUUAAUCGCUAGUUUCCUGUUACUCGAAUUGCAAUUGUGAUGAACACGUAAUUCUUCCUCAGUGUUUCUAAUCCACCACAAAGAAAUCAUAGAAUCCGUCCAAUUGACUACGUUAUCAACUUUCAUAACAUUUUCUAAAGCUUCACUCACACUCUUCACCAAUCUUGACGCAGUGAGUUUAGACAGGGGUUCUAGACGCGGUAUCGGAUCGUUUGCUUAUUCAAUGGAGUGACUCGGGUUUUUGACGCCACAAUGUCACAUUCUACUCUUGACUCAUAUUCUACUCUCAUGUAAACAACGGCUCUGUAAGCCAUUUCCGACGUAUCUGCAAAACAAUGAAGUUGGAGCGAUUUAACUUCAUUCCCACCGAGACCUUCAGCAUGACACCUUUUAAAACUCACUCUUCCAGCUGGCCUUAGGUCUGACAAAAAUGACAACCACUCUUGGUUGAGUUCGGUAUCCACUAACUCGUCCCAGUCCCUUUGUGCGUUGCACAGUUUUUGAAACAUAAUCUUGAAGGGUGGAAUAACUGGAGAUAUUAACCCCAAGGGAUCAAAGAAUCUCGUAGCAGUACUGAGAAUCAGUCUUCUUGUAGCUGGCUGAAGUUCUACACCCUGCAAUAUCUUAGUCAAGUCAUAGACCAGUUCAUCUUGGUUAGGGUUCCAAAGCAUUCCCAAAAUCCUCUGUUCUCUCUCAGUACCUUGCUUAAAAACUUUACUGUUUGUAGCAAAGUCUCUACUGAAGGCUGCAUCUUGUUUCAGGGAUUGCAAAAGACUCACUGAGUUGCUGUCCCUUUUCCUCAUAUUGAACCUUCCUGAUCUGGGACAAAGUUUUAUCUCCUUCGACAAAGAAAAGCCUUUGUUCACAUCCUUGGCCCCAGAAGCAAAGUCAUCUACGUACAAAGACUUCAAAAACUCAAGUGCAAAUGCAUUGUCAUUCAGCAUACAUAUAUUAACAUGGUGUCUGAUAGUGGUAUUGAGAAUGAAGGGGCUAGCAUUCACUCCAAAUACAACUCUUGUAAAGCGAAUUAACUUAAUGUCAGGUGAUUCCUUAUUGACAUCAUCUAUCCAUAGAAAUCGUAAAAAGUCUCUGUGUUCUGGAUCAAUCUUAAUAUUCAAAAAUGCUUUCUCAAUGUCAGCAGUUACAGCAACUUCACGAACUCUAAAUCUCAGCAAAAUGUCCAGUAGAAGAGGAUUUAAUGAAGGUCCUACAUGCAGACAGUCAUUUAAGCUUGGUCCAAACACCUUGCAUGAGGUAUCGUAUACAACUCUCACCUUUGCUGUAUCUCUGUCAAGUCUCACAACUCCAACUCUCCUGUGUAGGAGAUAGUGUACAUUUCCUGGUUCUAGGACUUGGUCUUGUUGCACUUCUUCAGCUACUGCACCUUCUAAUUGCUCCUUAAUCACCUGAUCAUAUUUGUUCAUUAUUUCUUGUUGGGUCUUAAGCUUCUUAAUCACAGUUGCCAACCUUCGUGAAUGCAUUUCUGUAAUUAUCUGACCACAUAGGGUGAUUAUCCUUGAAUGGUAGCUUGACUUAGUAUCUUUCUCCAGUGAAUCUUAUCUCACUUGCAAACUUGUCAUGAACUGAAGUUUCAGUGUCCCUUAUGGCUAAGGUCUCCAAGUCCCAAAAUUUCUGCGAAUCAUCUUGCGCAUGGCUGAUGUCAGCUGACUCAAUCUUCAAAACAUGUGUAGUACUUAGAUUAAUAGUGCAUUACUCUUUCAAUGCUGGAACUGCAGCUGGUUCCGACAGUACCCAUCCCAACUUUGUCUCAAGAGCUACGGGUCCAGAAGGAUCUCCCCUGAUUAUUCUUCCAGUAAAGACAGACGAGUAGUGAUCUGCUGCUAUCAGUAAGUCAACACUAACUGUUCCAUUAACAGCUCCACAUGCAAGUUGUAGCCCUUGAAGGUAUGGAUAGCAUUCUACUGCACUUUGAAUUUCUUGGUUCGAUACUGGACUGCAUAUUACUGGUACAACGUAAGCAGUGACGUACACACUCAUUGCAUCUAUUGUUCUGAUGCACAAUUGCACAAUGUCACAUUCCUUUACAGAUGCUGAAUUGUUACCAAAUGUUUUGAUUAGCAAGGUUUCCUUACCAACAGUAGGUAAGUUUAACUGCUCAGGUGUCUUGCUGGUUAUAUAAGAUCUCUGAUGGCUGCAAGAGUCAAAAAUGACUUGAGUAUACUUUCCAGUUUCCUGAUUAUCUGGUCUAGAAACAAAGGCUUGGGCUGUCUGCAACAGUACAGAGUUAUUAUUGCUGCCGACAUGCAUUGUUGAUGUUCCAACAUCUCUGGAUCUCUCCUGGGAAGUUUCAGAUUUACUAAGUGAGGUUAAUUCAGCUCCUGAACUACUAGAAUGGGCAGGCUUCUGAGAAUUUUCACAGAUGGCCACAUGAUGUCCAGCUCCACAAUUAAUACACUUGACCUUUGACUGACAACCUGGUGUAAUAUGCCCUGCUUUCAGGCAAACAAAACACCUGCCACUUCUUCUCGGUAUAGAUCUUCUAGCCUUUGGUUCGGUAAUGGUGCUACAGGAGAUGGACUUGAUUUUUCUUGCAAAAGACACAAUGCAGAGUACACUCCUCACUGCUUGCAUAAAGUGCGGAUGAGGAAAGGGGCUGUUUGAAUCUUCCCUUAUGCUGGUCAAAUCUUGGGUUAGAAUUGGUUGGACUACUUGUUUUCACUGCAUUACACCUUUCUCUUGUCCCCAACUCAGAUUUCAGCGCAUUAAACAGGACAUCAAGGUCCCAAGUUUCUUUACUACCAAAAUUGCGACUGAUGAUUAAUCUCAACUCAGAAGGAAUUUUCUCCAUUACAACUGGAACUAUUAAAUUUCCAAAGGACUCUGAUUCGAUGCCUAUUGCUUUCAAACUUCGAAUGUUUAUCUCAAUCUUGUCAUACAAAUCACGGAGUCUCUUCGUUUCAUGCACUGAACUGACCAUUGACAAUUUCAACAAAGCUUCCAUGUGGUUAGAAAUCAACAACUGUGGUUUACCAAAUCUGUCUCUAAGGAUAUCAAUGGCAGUUAUCAUUAUAAGUCAUCAUUAUCUUCAGUGAGAGGCAACCCAGUAAUUGCAAAUUCGGCCGCGCCUGUCACACGACUCUUCAAAUAGGUGGAUUUUUGGAUUCUUGAAAUGUCAGUGUUUCUGUUAAUUGCAGAUUCAAAUGUCUCCCACAAACUCUGCCAUUCUUCGUAAUUGCCUGAAAAUGACUUUAGUUCUAGUUUAGGUAGCUUCACUUUCGCGCCCUCAUUGCUUUUGACAUUGUUAUUACAUUGACUGAAGCUUGGUGAAGUUCACACGUGUACGCUAUUUUUAGUGUCCCCUAAACUCAAGUCAAUUCUAGCCAAAACACGUAAACGUUUGCACAAAACUCACCAAGAACUCCAAAGACCAGCCACAGUAUCAGAAAAAUACCUUAAAAUGAAGAGUAGGUAGAUAUAUUUUUUAUGCGUACAACAUUGAUGAAAUCUCUUUUUCUUUCAGAGCUCACAAAUUCAAGACGGUGAGUAACACUGCCAAUAUAAUUAUGGUUAUACAAACAAUUGGCCAUUUCAGAGUUAGUAAUAAGAAAGGACAAAGUAUUUCAGGGGCCGCGGAGGGGGAGGGGCUGGUAGGGCCGCGGCCCCACCACUUUUUUGCGCCCCCGCCCCACUUUUUGAAAAUCAAAUACUAUGAUUUUAUUCCUUUUCUCGAUUUUCAAUGUGAAAGAAUUAUUUUCAAUUGUCAGCCCUCCCACUUUUCACCUUGCUCCGCGGUCCCUGUAUUUGAUUUAUUACUUUCUAUUUCCAUUUCUAAAACAUAAAGAAAUACAACAACUACUACAUCAGCACCAACAACAAUAACAACAACAACAAAAAUAUACACUCUGCUUUAACACUGAAUCUAAAAUUGAAGAACUUUUAGCCAGCACGCGAAGGACUUUUCGGUGUUUUACAUAAAUGCAUUUACAUACACACCUUAUAACUCUUUAUUUCAGGAAAAUCAACACAGUGAAAGGCAAAGAGUUUGUGGACAUGGUAGGCGAAUUACUUCCUGUCUGCAGAAAUAUUUCAUUGUAGAUUAGAAUAAGAAAAAGCCAUCUCUUCGCGCACCGAAGCAUUUCACCUACAAUUCAGAGUGGUUCAAUCCUUCUAAUGCAUAAAGUAGUUUUAAAACUGCAUCAUCUUCAUUUUCUCCGCUAGCCAGAUUUCAUCCUCGGUGGUUUCAAAUACAGUUCCCCGGCCAUUUUUGUGCCUGGUUGCCUCUGUCAGUUGGGUUUUUUAAUUCCUGUUUGUUCUGUUUGAAUUUAGUAUUUGUUUUUAAUUAUUUGACUGGAGUAUAAGUGCAACUCCACUGUAAACAAACGUCUAUUUUUCUUUCCUUUUUGACUAGAGCGGGUAGUUUUUAGUUGGUCAUUGAUCUUUCCUUUGUCUUGGGUUCUAGGAACCCAUAGCCACGCAAGACGAACCAGUCACACAGCCAUCGAGCACAAUGGAGUACGAUGAUGUUGUUACCUCCGCUACUCCGGGGAGCGGAGAUUACAUGCCUCUUCAUCCUUCGCGAAGAAGCUGGGAAAUAACUCGACAACAAGUCAAUAUCAUUAAAGUAAUAGGUAAAGGGGCCUUUUCCGAAGUUGCCAAGGCAACUCUUUGGAACUUACGAGAGAACCAGAAGGUUAUCACAGUGGCGGCCAAAAUGCUAAGAGGUACGGCAUGAUUUAAUUGUGACAUUUUAGAGUUAAGUAAGUUAGACUUUUGCAGACUAGGGCAAGGCCUCUAAUAUUUGAGACCCGGACACUUUGCCCUACAAAAUGGGCUAACCGGUUUUUUUUAUUGAAUUAUUUUCACAUUGUCUUGGAAUGUUCUGUUUGAUACUACUACUACUACUACUACUACUACUACUACUACUACUACUACUACUACUACUACUACUACUACUACUACUACUACUACUACUACUACUACUACUACUACUACUACUACUACUACUACUACUACUACUACUACUACUACUACUACUACUACUACUACUACUACUACUACUGCUACUACUACUGCUACUACUGCUACUGCUACUGCUACUGCUACUGCUACUGCUACUGCUACUGCUACUGCUACUGCUACUGCUACUGCUACUGCUACUACUGCUACUACUACUACGACGACGACGACGACGACGACGACGACGACGACGACGACGACGACGACGACGACGACGACGACGACGACGACGACUACUACUACUACUACUACUUUGAUACUAGAAGCGUUUUCAAGUUUUUGAAAGUUAACGAAAAAGUCGAAAUUUUGAAUUGAUGACUUCAUUUGCUGAAAUACUUAUCCCUCGGGCUCACCGAGAGUUUGCAAAAAGAAUUAAUUUAACAUGGUUACAUUAUUAAUAUUUUUAAAAUACAUCCUAGCCCAUGUUUUAAACAAAUGCUAAAUGCAAUCCCGCUUCAACAAGCGAGAUAAAGCUUCAGACAUUAGCCGCAGUGGAAGAAAGGUUUUGUUAAAAAAAAAGAAAAGAAAACCACACGUGUUGGACGCACCAUAGACUUUUGAGAAAAUAACGCUUUGUGAUGGAGAGUCACUCUGAAAAAAUGACGGCAAGAAAUUAGCCUAAGCGUUGUGUUAUCAAAGUAUGGAUUGAGGGAAGAGACUGUGUUUGCAGGGAAAGUGUAAAAAUAUCCUUGGAAACAGUAGGGUUAAUAAUAGGGAGUAUUACUGACAUUUCCCUUAAAACGAAUUAUUGAAUUUGCUUGUGCCUAUAGCAAAUGCACCAGAUUCAGACAGAAAGGAUCUUUUGUCAGAACUUGAGCUGAUGAAAAAACUGAAACCUCAUCCACACGUGAUCAAGCUAUUGGCAUGCGUCACAGAAACCGGUAAGAAGAGUAGCGACACAUCGAGAUAUGUUACUUAUGAAAGGAAGAUUUUAAGUUUUAUCUAGAGUUUUUCCCACCUCGCUAUUUAGUAUCCAUCCAAGUCUUGAUGGUAAUAAUGAAUGACAUAGGGCCACAACCAUCUUAGCUUGGCCGAAAUGGCAGAAUUAAGAAUCUUAAAAUUAUAAUGAAUUUGAUUGCUUAGCUGAGAAUUAAAGUAAAAUUAUUUCAGUAUGUUUACGUUGUUGUUGUUGUUGUUGUUUUCAUCCACAGACCCUCUGUUGGUCCUUAUUGAGUUUGUUCCGUUCGGGGACCUGCUGGGCUACCUGCGGAAGAGUCGAGGGCUGAGCGAUACUUACUUUGAGGACCCGGAUGUAAAGCCGCAGACCAGUCUAACUGCAGAACAGUUGAUGAAAUUUGCCUGGCAAGUUGCUGACGGAAUGUGUUACUUGUCCUCCAGAAAGGUUUGAUUGUCGACUUUAUAAUUUGCAAGAUGCUUUGUACUGCACAUGGGCAAAACUUUCAAGUUCAAAAAUUUUUUACCUGCGAUUUAGUCAAGUUAUAACUGACUUAAAUCAAGUAAAGUAGAACCUCCCGUAAGCGAUGAUUCUUUGCUAUUUACUUUUUUUACACUCUAACAGACUUAAACCUUGCUUAUAGAUCAUUCAUCGUGAUUUGGCGGCGAGGAAUGUUCUUGUUGGUGAAAGAGAGACGUGCAAGGUAACAGAUUUUGGAAUGGCAAGAAAUGUGCAAGGGGAUGAUAUCUACUCUAAAAAAAGUCGGGUAAAUAAAGUAAUUUCUCAGUUUCAUUCAUGAAACAUUGUUACGUAAUUCUUACUCCUGCCACAAACUGCGAUGUAAAUAUAAGCACCAAAAAGAGUUGCAUUUAAGCCGGUCAUCAGGUAGUCGUUCGUUGUAUGUGGUACAGAGAGUAAACAUAAGACAGUUAAUAAAGCGUCUGGCCCUGUUGGUAACCUAUCGGUGCGAGAAAUUGUAGACGAAAUGUGACCGUACGUACGGUGUUUAACCGUCGUACAAAGUGCCUGUCACGGGUAAAGCACCGCAUGAUUCGUUUCUGGGGCAGUUCUUAUAGCCAGACCAUUUAACACAUGAAGGGCAACAAGAAAUCAAAAAACGUUUAUCAGUACGGGAAAGACAAUUCUCGUAGGAAAGGAAAUUGAGGUUAGCCCACGAAAAUGCAUGUUAAGCGUAGUUGCUUCUUUUGCUAAAGCUUCAGAUGUUUUCUGUUCUUUAUUUAACGACGAAGGAACGCUGACACAGACAAAAAAAAAAUUCUUUAACAUGAAAUGAAAUAAUCCUCAGGGAACGCGAAUGCAGCACUGAAUUGGCUAUAUAGCUACGGUAGAUCUUUUGCCUCCUUCUUACGUGUUUUUCUAAUUUUCAGGGCCGUCUGCCUGUAAAGUGGACCGCUUAUGAGGCUUUAUUGUAUGGAGUAUACACAACACAAAGCGACGUGUAAGUAAUCUAACAUUUUCAGUUACCCAUCUCUCCCAGUCAUUCGAUCAACCUUGUACCAACGUUACGUACUUGCCGUUAGAUGCACACUAGCAUUUCACCAUUUUUGCAGAUGGAGUUAUGGUAUCCUGCUCUACGAGAUACUUACAAUAGGUAGGUAUUGUCAGAAAGUAUUUGCUGCUUUCCAUUUAGAAAUUGCUUACAAUUACUUAAUACGAACGACUUCUCGAGUGUCCAUUACAACGUUAAUGUUUACUUGCACAGUCGAUUCUCUCUCAACGGCCAUCUCUAUAAGACAGACGCCUCGGUAAAACGAACACCUAGAAUUGGUCCCUACCUUUCUUUACCUCCUUUGUUGGACUCUCUAUAAGAAGAACAUCUCUCGGACACUUGGUGCCGGUCCCAAGGGUAUCCGUGUUAGAGAAAGUUGACUGUAUUAUAAACAACAACAAAAAUAAUACAUCUGAUUAGAAGUCCCCCCCUCAAUUCAAUUUAUUAUGACGUUUUAAAGCUUAACUAAAACCAGCAUUGCUUUAACUUUAUUGGAAGUGUUUUUCUGUUCCUGUUAUAAGGCCCUUCUGAUAUAGGAGAAGAGGUACCGGAGUGUCGCGCUAAGUUUCCCGCCUUUGAUUCAGUUAUCGUAGCGCCCUCUCCAGUUACGGUUUCUACGCGGUCAUGCAACGAGGUAAUAUAUUGCAAUGAGACUGCUGUGCAAGGUUUGUUAUUGUAAAAAGUGAACAACAGUCCGGAAAUUGGCCGAACUAGUUUCCUACACAGAAGAACAUUAAAAAACUAUUCAAAGCAGCCAUUCACUCUUUGCUUUUGUACCAGAAAACUCAACUCGACCGAACUUAGCCGCGCACUUUCCACUAAGUAUCCUAGGUCCUCUAUAUCUAUUCAACUAGGUGGAUCCCCAUAUCCAGAUGUAAAGGCCCGUCAAAUCGCCGACAGACUUCAAGAGGGAUACAGAAUGCCGAGACCAAAACAUGUCGAUGACACACUGUGAGUAAAUCCUUUUCAUCAGUUGUCAAAUGCCCUGAAUCGUAGAAAGAGAACCUUUCCCUUCGAUUUAUGUACAGGUCAUAGAAGCAAUCUGUGCCUCAGCUGCUGACACAUUUACUCCCCUUGACAAGAAACAGGAACUAAAUGUCGACAAGAUAAUAACUUUGAUUUAGCCAAUCUAAAAAAAAAAUCACUUUGAACCCCCCUAUAUCUUAACUAUACCCCCAGUCUGAGCUUAGUCAUUGAAACGUAAGUAACAUCUUUAAUUUUCUACCUUAACGUUUUAUACAGUGAUAUGAUAAUAUUUGACACAACUUAAAGAGGUUUUUCGAACAGGCUGCUCUGGUAGCAGCUAGAGGAGGAACCAUGUUUAUUAAUAAAAAAUAUUAAUGCUCGGAGAGGUGAGAGUGGGAAUAUUUAGACUGCCUUUUCUUCUAGUGUCCUCAAUAAACCAAUUUACAAUUUGACCAGAAAAAGACAAAAGACAAAAGAGGUGAUCUCAUUUUAUACUGUUGCUAAGUAAUUCCUGUAUAGUCUAGCUAUUCACCAAAUAAAGUUAUCAUUCUCAAAGAAGGACAGUUUCUUUUGACGAUACUAGCCAUUGUCACUUUUUUUGUAUGGUCAAGAUAUCAGCUUAUGUUGAAAUGUUGGGAAGAACAGCCAACCGAUCGGCCCACGUUCAACAAACUGAGAAAGACGAUGAAAGAAAUGGAGAAAAAACACAAGGUAACUGAGUUCACUUUUGGAAAUAAAGUUUUUUCAAUUUACGAAUGACGGCCAAUAUUUGACAAUCGAAAAGCCAGCGUCGUGAAAACUCUUUCAGGUUUUCAUGGUAUUCAUGGUAGAAUAGAAAAAUUACACACGCAAAUGAUCUGGCCUAUAAUGAAAAACAAGAUAAAAACGUAAACCCCUUUUCCUAGAAAACGUGGGUUUAAAGAGUUUCUUUUUCUAAAAAAACACGGUCAAUUCAUAAAAAGAAAAAAACUGGUUUCAUGCUUACGAGUUCGUUCAUUUGUUUCGUACGGCUAUAACUGUACUUAUUCAUUGACAUUUUAACAGUUUUUUUCGCACUAAAUUGUUGACCUUUGGAAAGAAAAGGCUGCUAUAGGAGAUUUCCACUAUUACAUGCAGACGCUUUCGUUUUAUUUGCCAGUAGCACUAAACCACUGAGUCACUGUCCCUGAAACCUUUGGAAUACAGAAUUUCCAUAGAGACAACAACAACACAUUUUUUAUUAACUUCUUCUUUUCUGCACAGUUUUUCUGCUGAUUAGCCUAGAAAUUGCUAAAAAUAAGAUUUUUAUUCUCUGCUACUUGCAUGUAAUGAACUUUCAUUUUUGUUUUGGGUACAUGCGCUUAAGCCAAAAUUUAUCCAUUUCUGCCAAUUUAUUGUAAUCUUUCUUCCCUGCUCUCUUUCUCUUCUUUUUCUAUCUUUUUAAUAGCUAGUUUUGUUGCCCACUUUAUCCUCUUUCUUUCCUCUUUCUGGUUUACUUUCCAGGAAAGGAUGAAGUCUUAUCCGGAAAGAGUAGUUCGUGAAUAGCGAAACUGAUAAAGGAUUUUCACCAAAAUGUGCCAAUUGUACGUUUUUUGUCCGUAACUCUGACAAGAUUGGUCAGAAAUUCUAAAAUGAGGUAUCAGUGCAAAGAUCUAUCCUUCCUGACGUCGUUACUCGUAAAAAUUUGAAAAUUUAGUCUGUUUAGAAGUGCAUAAUCUACAUUGUUUCCUAUUGACACGAAAUGCACCGAGCCAGAGGGCUGACGAGAAAGUAUACAAUUGAAUAAUAACGAGGUCAUUAUUGCGACUGUUGUUGCUGCAGUCGUUUUACUAAGUUCAUGAGUAUACGUAAAAACCUAAUGGUUGCUUAGCUAAAGCCAUUAAUCUCAAUUCAUUCGUCAAUUCGUUUUCACAUAGCUAAGCAUGAAUGGGAAUAAAAAGAGAAUUUAGGACAAUUUGUUGGACACCAGAUGGUAGCCAUAUACGUUCCAGGCCGGUCAAAAACUCAGAAUCUAUUGGGGUGAAUGACAUUUGUCUUGACAUCUGCAAAUGAUGAAGCAUUCUAAUCUUCUCGCAUAAGGCCGAGAAACCGUUGGACCUACCUUGUAGCACUUUAACUAAUCUGACUCUUGUGGGUGUAAAAGAACCCAUAACGCUGUUGGCAACACUUUUGUUUUUCAAAAAAGGUUUUCAAGCAGUGCAAAUGCGAAUCUUAAGGGGGAAACCCUUUUUAUUUUCUUUAUAUUCAAGAAUGAUCUUUUUCAGAAAAUAUUUGGCCUGGCUUGAAGAUCGUUGUCUGCCUGUCGCCAUAGUUGUUGUGUACGCUAUAAAAGCUGAAAUAUUGAUGUUUUUUUCCCAACAGACAUACGUCAAUCUUAGCCAGUAUGACAACAGGUUGUAUGCUAAUGGAGACGAUCUAAUCGAGGAGGAGCAGGACGAAGUCAAAAGCCGUUCGGCGACUCAGUUUUAAACUUCGCAAUUAUGCUUGUUUUUCUUUACAACUAAAUAGAUUGAAAAAGUGUUACACAAAAGUGGAAAGUUAAAAGUCGUGGUGUAAAGACAAUUAUAGUCAUAUAUCAAUAAUAGCGGAGCUCCCGCGCGCGCGAAGCGCGCGCGCAGCGGAGCACCAUGGGUAAGAAAAUUUGGUAAACUAUCCAUCCCAGAAAAUUUGGUUAUGACGUAGCGUACGCCCACCCGUACACACACUUCAUUUAAGCCGAUGUCAAAUGUCACAAUAGAUCUUGCACAACUUGACUAGCCUUUCAGUUAUGUAAGCCAUCCGUAUGAGUACGAUUAGAUUGACAGCUGUCAAAAUCAGACAUCCGCUGACAAUUAUCACUUGACCAUCUCGCGGGCUCAGAUGAAAGACCAGUCUUUUUGCCCCUACAUAUAAGCUGAUAUAAUAUGUCACACUUGCCAAUUCAACAUAAAAACGAAACUACGCCGGGCAAGGCUGUCAGUUGGCUGACAGUCGUUUAAAGUUAUAUUGGGAAGCCAAAUUAAGGUCAAUUGACAGCUGUCAAAACAGGACAUGUGCAGACCAGUAUCAGAAAACUAAUAACGUGGGCUCAGAUUCGCUGAGGUACACGAUCUGGCAUUUUCUACUACAAGCCGGACGGAUAUGCCUUACUCACACUCGUAGUCUGUUAAUUCGAAUAUUCGCCAAUCUAAUUAAGGUUAAUUGACAGCUGUCAAACUAGAGUAUACGCUGACCAUCAUCACCUGAGUGUAUCGCGGGCUCAUUUUUCUAUCCAUUGAGUUCACGUAGUGUUUAAAGUUUUGCGCUGAUAUUUUAUUUGAUCACGUGCUCAAUUCGAAGCCCCAGAGGUUAGAAAAUCUAUCCAUCCUACAAAAUUCGGCAAUCACGUGACCUUACACCGACCACCCGACCGUCCACGCCACAGUCAUACCAAUGUUUACCUCACACUUUCUAGCUAAUUUGAGAGCCUGCAACCUGAUAUUGUACAUCCAUGUUUUGAUUAAUUGACAGCUGUCAAAAUAGUGUUUCUGCUGACCAGUAUCGCCUGACCGUAUUGCGGACUCAGGUAUCGACCCACUGAGUUUGAGUAUUUUUUUGAAGGUAUCCGCUGACAAGUUGCUACUUUUCACAUGAUCGCAGGCUCUAGUUCAAUUUUUUUAAAAUGCAUAUGAAAUAAGUUGUGUUUAUGAGUCCGUUUUAAAAUUUUGAUUUCGAACUGACUUCGGACGCGAAAAUUCAACCCGCUUUUACAUGCAGGUUAGGCAAUCGCUCUUGACUUUUCUCACUGUCACGCGUUGAUCACGCUCUACGUCCAACUUUUAUGUUCUGAUUGGUCAAAAUUUGACAGGUGAGUUCAUGCCGAAAAUUUAUGCAGCGUCUGGAAACUUGCUUACUGAUAGCUGGAGCUGACAGAGUUUUGUGUCAUCUUGUGAUGUUUUAAACUGUCGUUUUCUAGUUGGUGUACAAAAUGAAAUACAGCUGCUAGCAAGAUUGUUCUGUAAUUCAUGGCUGGUUUGUCUAUUGCGCUUUAUGUUGACAAAUGCACCGGUUGUGAAAGUCAUUGGAAAUCCGAUUUCGGAUGGCAUCGUUUUCAAGAAUGAGCUUCCUCACUUGUCCUUGCUUGAGGCGUAAGAGGGUUGAAAAGUCUCCAGCGAUUCUGGAACACUUGAUGACCUUCAGAAGCAGCAUCUCGACUGGUAAGCCUGAGCAAUUAUUGUCUUUGAUGUGUUUUUUUUUUCGGUUUCCUGAAGUCGAGCGUAUGGUUUAUGCGGCUUAAGUUUAUACACGAGCGAUGAUCUAACCGACAAUAGUAUCAGGUUUAAUAGACAUUUUUUGACCGAAAAUUCAAAGGAAAGGUUCCAAAGAUUAUUUAGUUAUGAUUUUGGCUAUAAACAGAAAGCUCUGAGCGAUUUUCUUGCCUCGAGUUCAUCUUGAAAAAGAGCAAACACCGGGAAGCCGGCUUAAAACAUAAACAAGUUUAUGCUUACCUGACUCAUGAUUUUCAGAGACACUUUACUCUCAAUACUUCUCUUCGUGAAUGAAAAUUAUUGUCUCUGUACAUGUUUCACCGAAUUAUAUUUAUUUUAUUGAUUGUUAGUAGUCCCUCCCGCAAUUUUUAUCGCUGCACCGGUUGUUUGCAGUCGAACAUAAACAUCGCAUACAGGAAUACUCAAAACGCCGCGCGUAAAUAUCACUCGCUUUUAAAGAUUACACAUAACAAAACCACAUACACAGUUUAAUAAAUAAAGGGAAAUAAAACCUAAACAUAACAAUUUCCCUAUCGUGUUGAAGCGUAAAUGGUAACUCCAUUAAUCGCACUGCAAAUUUGCCUGUCAAAAGUGAGAACCCGUCCGGCUGGCCGAAAAGGUGAUUUUGGGAAUUUUUUUUCACCGUUUUCAUGCUAAAAGCCCAUAAUUAUUACCCUGCAUAUCACAUAGGACCAGAUUUUUCUAACGGAAAAGUCCCGCAUUAUGGAAUUCUUUUCAUGAAAACGUUUGAUAAUUCAAUGCUAUAAUUUGUUUUGCAAAGGAAGCGCUUGCUUUGACGUCGUGGAUAUUGAAUGAGUGCAAAUUGUCUUACAAAAUUCUGAAAAACUGCAGAAUGAUAGGGCAAAAAAAGAACAAAUUCUGUCCAAGGUCUGUAUGAUAAAAAAGGGCCUCAUAGUACUGUUUACCGGAGACGUGUUGAGAAAAAGUAUGUUUAAAAGGCUGGUUUACACGCCACCAGAUUUACUUGUAAACUAAACUUGUCGAACACAAAAAAUCCGGCCCGAUUUUUUAUUUUGGCCUCCCUUUUAGACAGAUGAAUGCAACGUGUCAAUUGGCUGCCACGAAGGACUAUCGUGGCUUGUGUGGUUCUUAAAAUUAUAUUUCGGGGUUGUCCAAUUAUCCAUAGUCUCUCUAACGGAACAUUGUUGGAGAGACUGGUGAAUGCGACAUUAUGAUGCAACAGCUAAUGCAAAUACAAUACACGAAUAGGUCUAUUUGUUUUCCAGGCCUAAUCUACUGUGAUCGAACAUGAUUGCUAUUUUUGGGUGUACAAAUAAGACUAUUAACGCGAUGUAAAAUUUGUUUCACUCUUGGACUGUCAAAUUAUUUUUCUCUAAAAUCACUUAGCCUUAAUUUGCCUCAAAAGUCACAUGAAUGUGCCCUAUCUGUGGAUUACAAGUUUAUUGUUUGAUUUAAAUUAUGAAUUUAUUAACGGGAGCUUCGCUUUUAGCCCUGGCUAAAUCUAUAUAUUAUUAUAGAACGUAUUGACCGUUGUUGUUUAGCCGAUAGACCGUUUACCAGCAUUUUUACUCAAGUUUGGCUCAGAAUUUGUAGUAGCCAAUGUCGUUAUAUUACUGAUUUAUUGCAUACAUAUAUAGACGAUCAUGAGUCCUGAAUGCUCCACUCACACCAACUAAUCAUGUUUAAUAAAACUAGGGUUAACAAAAUGAAAAACAGUAAUAGAAAAGUAAAACACAGAUCUUUACACAGAAUUCAAAUAGACUUUACACGUUAUGUGAUUACACAAAAUUUGCAAUAGAUAGCUUGCAAGCUUUAGAUGAGCUGCGGAGAGACGAUAAGAUCACCAUCUCUUCGGCGGACAAGAAGAGAAUGACAGUGGUUAUGGACACCGGAACGUACGAAGGCAAAGCGCAUGCUCUCUUGAAUGACAGUAGCAUGCUAAGCUUAACUUCGAUCCCAUGGAACGUUACAAAGCCAAGCUAGUAAAGCUAGUAGCACUGUUAAAAGAGUGGAAAGAAAAAGGGAACAACUCCUAACCCCUAUGGAAAAAGUUGUACCCGACAGCCGAAGAUGUUCCCGAAAUUUUACGGCUUACCGAAGAUCCACAAAAAAGAGGUGCCGGUUAUUACUUGGUGUUACGGUGCACGAAUUUAUGCUAGUAUUGGGAGUAUUACGUACGAAGUGGCCAAAUACCUAACAGAGGUGAUCGGUCCACUCGUAGGAAAAACGGAACACCAUGUCAAGAACAGCAUUGAUUUUGUUCAAAAGAUCAAGGGUUUGGAGGUACACCCUUCCCAGAAACUUGUAUCCUUUGAUGUCAGUGCCCCCUUUGACCAGCAUCCCACAGAGGAAGCGACUAGGGUCAUCAGGCAGCGGCUGGAACAAGACCACAGCUGGCAGGACAGAACUAACCUUAAUGCGGAUCAAGUAAUGCAACUCCUUGAGUUGUGUUUGAACACCACCUAUUUCACCUGCAGAGGUGAAUUUUUCAAACAAUACAAGGCCACAGCCAUGGGGUCUCCCAUACGUCGUUGCAAACGUGUAUAUGGAACAUUUUGAGAAACAGGCUUUAUCCACUGCGCCUAUAACCCACCGGAUAUUUGGUAUCGCUACGUGUUGAUGAUACGUUCACUAAAAUGCACGGCGCCAACAUCGACGGCUUCACCCGACAUAUCAACAGCAUUAACCUCACAUCAAGAUUACCAGUGAACAGGAGGAGGACGGGAAAUUACCCUUUCUUGACUUCUGUGUUCGCGUCAAUGAGAAUGGGAGCACAAAAACCACUGUGUGCAGGAAGCCUACCCAUAAUAAUAUAAUGCAACACUUGAAUUUUGCAUCUAAUCAUCAUCUCAAUCAUAAAAGAGCAGUUGUGAGGUCCCUUCUACACAGAGCAGAGCGUUUGGUUAGCGAGGAUGAAGACAAAGCAAAUUGGAAUAACAGCAUGUCCAGAACGCGUUAAUUGCUAACGGCUACAAACGAUGAUAUUCAAGAUCCCUCCCCGACCCAAUACCACAAGGUACAACAGCAACACCUCUGCGACUGCUAGAUUGAUCACUGUGGGCUUUGGGGAAGAGACUGGGCGAACACCUAAAACAAACAACAUCUGCAAUCAGUCCAAAGCCAGCCAUGAGUGCAACUGGGAGGGGGUCAAGAACCUUGACCAGGGGACUGUGGACAUAAAAAGAAAAAUCAAUGAGGCGGUUCAUAUCAGACGCCAACGUCCAACACUAAACAGAGACGGGGGUUAUGAACUUCCCCCUAAUUUUAAUCAUUUGUUGUCACAUGACUAAUUCACGUGACAACGCUGAGCGUUUAUUGCUGAUGAAAACUGUGCGAUACAGUCGAAAGCUUCAAGACUAAAAUCUGAGACUUUGAGGCUAGAAUUUAUUUUUUCAAGUUUGUUUACCAAGGUCAAGAAUGAGCAUUCAGGGGAUAAAAGUACAGUAAGCAACUUCUAUAAAGAAAACACAAACUUAACUGUGUUAACUAAAAAGCUUGACGCGUGUUUAACCUUUGGUGUGAAUGCUUUUCAAGUUAUCAUUUAGACUUACCAAGAUUUGAUGCUGUUUGACGUUCUGUGGGUGUGCUAUUAUUCUCAUUGCAGAAUCAGCGGAAAUGUUUAUAGUGGGUUUUCCAACAAAUUUCACACUAAUUUCAGUCGAUUAAGUUUUUCGUUCGUGAGACCAGUUAUCGGAGACAUGCUAAAACGCAUUGAAAAAUUUAUUAUAGCGGAGCUCCACGCGCGCGCGUGAUCUUUUGCUUGAAUUAGAUACCACAAAUUCUUUUACUAAUGUUUCGAAUAAAAUUAGCAAGAUUAACUACCUAAUUUGGGCAGGGAUUCGUCAUUCUGUUCCAACAC